AUGGGAAAACCUAGACCGCAAAAAAAGAAAUCCUCCAAACCCCGCGCAAAGUCCGUCCUUGGCCCUGGUGGCUCAGUCUCGACACAAAAAAUGUCCCAAACUCCCUCCGAACUACUCGAUCAAGCCACGAUCCUCCUACAAACAGGUCGUGUUGACGAAGCUCUCGGAAAUGCACAGCAGGCUCUAGAACUCACAGCAGAUGGCGGCAAUGCGCAGCUGCCCUCGUUAAAUCUGCUUGGAGAAAUAAAUGUCGAGUUGGGCGAGAUCGAUACUGCUAGACAAUACUUCCUGCAGGCCGUCCAACUAGAUCUCGAUGGUUCUAUACCAGAAUCUGAAGGUGGAGGUGCAGAGAAGUUCCUGUGGCUGGCUCAAUUGAGCGAUGCAGGCGGAGCGGACAGUGUCCAGUGGUUUGAAAAGGGUGUUGCUUCUCUGCGACAGUCUCUGCAGUCAUUGGAAGGCAAGACUAGCACGGCAGAGGUAACCGAAUGUACUGAAAAGAAGGCCAAACUGGCGAAUGCCCUCUGUGCAGUUUCUGAGAUCUAUAUGACCGAUCUUUCCUGGGAGGAGGAUGCUGAAGCUCGAUGCGAGGCACUUAUCACUGAGGCCAUCACCGUUACACCGGAGGCACCGGAAGUUCUACAGACUCUUGCAUCCAUCCGGAUAUCACAAAUGCGAACGGAAGAUGCUCAAGCUGCCUUGAAGAAGAGCGUUGGUCUGUGGAAAGAUUUGGCGCCUGAAGAUCCCAAAGUACCUGAUUUCGCGGUGCGAAUCAGUCUUGCGCGACUCCUUAUGGAAGUAACACUGGAGCUUGAGGCUUUGGAUGUCCUCGAACGUCUCAUCCUGGAGGACGACCAGAGUGUGGAGGCUUGGUAUCUUGGCGGUUGGUGUCUCUAUCUGCUGGCGGAGAAGCAAGAAGCCCCUAAAAGCGUCCAAGAUGAUGAGGCUGAGUCACCGCGACAUGCUUCAUUGGUUGCGAGCCGGGAGUGGUUGAAACAGAGUCUGAAACUGUUUGAUCUUUUACAAUACGAAGAUGAGCGCCUCCGGGAUCAUGCUCUGGAGCUUGUCCAGGGUAUGAACCAGGAGAUCGGAGAAGACACGGAUGAUAGCGAUGAAGAGGGCGGAGAAUGGGAUGGGGAGCUCGAUAUUGAGUCGGACGAGGAGGACCAGGAGAUGGCUGAUUCAUGA